CGAGGGCCUUGUGGCUGCGUGCAUUCAGGCGCUGCUGCAGAUCUUGACCCUCGCGAGGCAGAUCUCGGUCCGUCGGCCUUCGCCGCGUCAGCCCAUCCCAUCCCUCCCAUCCCGGUGACCCUUCCUCCGAAGGCUCGAGCGCAGCCUUCCUCUCAUCUGGCGCCGCUCGUGUGACCGGCGCCCUUUCACCGUGCUGCCGAGUUUUCAACCCGCCGCCGUCCCUGCCCCACUCAGGGACGGCGCCCUUGUUUUCUUCCCCUUCAAGCCUCCCUAACACACGCCCACAGCGGGGGGAGGGAAGCAGGCAGGGAUGGCACCCGACAUGCGAGAGGGGAUGGGUGGUGUGGGUGUCGGUGUGGGUGACGUAUGCGGGUUUGGGUUCGAGGGCGUGGAGAAGCGGUAUGUGCUCCGGCUGAAUGAGGGCGUGUUCGCUCAUCUGGAUGUGGGCAGCCUGCGAGAGGUGGAGGAUCACCAGUGGCAGGGGGUGCUCGACAAGGCCGGUGAGUGCUCAGACUCAGACUCAGACAGCCCGCUUCUGGUGCCCUGCCCAUGUGCAAAUGCGUGUUGUUCUGUCGUUUCCUUCUUCUUUUCUCCGUGUGUGUCGCGUGGCGUGUCUGCCUGCCUGCCUGCCUGCAGUGUGUCACAUAUUGUCCAAGAUCAAGUCGGUGCCUGCCGUCGGCCCCCCCGACAAACAGGCGGUGGACGCCCUCGCCAAAGUGACCAGCAAGAAGAAACGAAAAACCAAGAGAAGAAAGACCAAAGUCAGUAUGAGAGAGAUGACAGACACAAACAUCCACUCGUUCGCUCACCCAAUGCGUUGCAUCCCGUGUGCAUCUCUGCACUCGCAGGGGAAGCGUGCGAGUGCUGUGGUGGUGCGGUCGGACGAAAGCAAUGGGUCGCCCCUGAGAGGGUGUGUCGGUGCCGCUGGUGUUGGUGGCGGCGAUGGGAGCGUCACUGCGUAUCUGCUGUCGGAGAGCUCCCUCUUCGUCUAUGACGACACCAUCGUCCUCAAGACCUGCGGGUAUGUUGGUACCAACACACUGCUCUCAUCCAGUCCAGCACUCACUCGCCCGCCCCGACAUGCACUGCACUCGUGUGUGUCUGUCUGUCUGUCUGUCUGUGUGUCUGCAGGACUACGACUCCCCUGUUGUGCACGGACGCGUUGCUCCACCUGCUUCUCCCCGACCACAUCCUCUCUCGCAUCGCCAGCCACCACUUGGGGGACAGCUGCAGGUCGUCGGAGUGUGAGUGGCCCUCGAUCGCUCUGUCGAGUGUGGUGGACUACGCCCUGUUCACGCACCUCAACUAUCGCCAGCCACAGCUGCAGACCUACCCACACAGGACAUUCAAUGAAGAGGUCCGUCCGUGAGCAUGAGCCGCGGCUGGAGGAGGGAGAGGGGGUGUGGUGGGACGGUUGUGUGUGUGUGUGUGUGUAUGUGUGUCAGGUGAGUUUCCUGAAGAGGUAUUUCCCCAGUGGCGAGGCCUUCGAGCUGCAGACGGCCCCCGAUUCCACCUUCUCAAUAUUCCUCUACCAAAGCCCCAUCAGCAGCAACCAGCAGCGCCAGGACCAGCCCCCGGCAAUCGCCCACCCCUCCCUCCCAUCCCCCCACACCACCACGGCGAUCCUCUCUUCACCCAACGGCCGCAGGCACCACUCCCAGCCGCACCAGCAGACGCAGAAGCGGCGCAACAUGCCCCCCCUGUCGGCAGUGCAGGCAGGAUCUGCGCCUGACGGGAGCCAUCGACCUAGGGGAGGGCAGCGGGAGCAGGUGGUCACUCUGACCGAGUGGCUGCUCAUCGGCAUCGACCCCAAAUCGGUGGAGAGGUUCGCCGGCAGGGGCGAGUAUGAGCACGGUGAUGGUGGGGAGGGCGGGGAGGGCGGUGGGAGGGGGCUGCAUUUUUGCGGCGCGCUGCGGGACCUCCUGCCCUCUGGUGCAGAGGUCGACCAGUACUGGUUCGCGCCUCAGGGUUACUCCUGCAACGCCCUUGCCGGCCCCUUCUUCCUGAAUGCCCACAUCUCGCCCGAGCCGGAGACGUCCUACGCGUCGGUGGAGGUCAACUUCCCUUUUGGCAUCGAUCAUGGCAUGUCGUGCGAGGCCAUCCAGAGGGUGGUGGUGGAGUGCUUCAGGCCGAGGGAGGUGCACCUGGUGCACAUACGCCCUACUGAGGUGAGUGUGUGUGUGGGUGAGGUGACAUGAACACGGCACCGGCACACGCAUCGGCCAGUGUGUGGUUUGUUUGUGUCAGGAUGGGUUUGUGGUGCCUGCUCCCUCUCCCCUGCACCAACCGUGUGGCGGCGACUCGUCAUCUCACCACGUGUCGGCAGUGCCCUAUUCCAAGGUGCGUCAGGUGGAGGCUUCGGGCAGCAGCUACCGCGUCGUGCACAGCCACUACUCCCUGCAAGAGUGAGUGACCAGCAUCCGCAGUGCGUUCCCCUCCCCUCCUUGAUGUAACUCUCUGUCUGUCUGUCUGUCUGUCUGUCUGUGUGCUCAUGGGUGUGCAGGCGGCAUUCAGUGAAGCAGGCAGGCGGCCCACUGCCGCCCCUGUCUUCGCUGCUGCCCCCUUCACCUCUCCAGCUCCCCUCCCCAAUGCGGUCCCCGCCCCUCCCCUCCCUCACAGACAGCAACAACUCAGACAACGACUCGUCCGGACGGUCGUCGUCAUGCACCAACACCUCCGCCACGCCAUCGUUCAUCCUCAAUGUCGACGGACUGGACGAGAGCAUCAGCAGCGAUGGCGACGGUUCGGUGUCUGGAGGUGGUGGUGGGUCUGAAGCGCUGGAGGAUCUGCUUGAGCGGCUGAAGGUCGAGGUGGGCAUGGCGUGUGUGGAUGGUGCCGGUGGUGGCGGUGGCGGUGAUGGUGAGGUGGGGGUGGUGCGUGAGCUGGUGGAUCAGAAAAGGGUCGACGGGCCGUUUGUUGUCGUGGACAUCCAGAGGGUGAGUGAGAUAACUCACGACACAUACAGAGGGAGAAUAGACGGGCAAUGAGGUCUGCGCUGUAUUGGCGUACAGGUGAUCGAUCAGUAUCGUCAGUGGCAGCGGCUGCUCCCCAAGAUCACACCUUACUACGCCGUAAGCAACCGCCCCACACACACGAGAGACCACACACAGACGAAUCCAUCCAGGGUGGUCUCUGCAAUGAUCUGAUCCAUCAGGUCAAGUGCAAUCCUGACCCCGUGUUGGUGCGGGUGCUGGCCGCCCUCGGCGCACGAUUCGACUGCGCCUCACAAAACGAAAUCCGACAGGUACAAAGCCCCUGUCUGUUGCCGUCCGUUUGUGUGUUCGCAUCCAUUCCAUGACUUGUCUGCGUGUGGAUGCAACGGAUGCAACGGCUGCAGGUGCUGGACCUGGGUGCGCAGGGCAGCGACAUAGUGUACGCCAACCCCUGCAAACAGGUCUCCGGCCUGGCUUAUGCGCGCCAGCACAACGUGCAGCUCAUGACUUUCGACAACCAGGACGAGCUGCACAAAAUCGCCGUAAGUUAGCAGACACGGAGACACAAAAGCCGGAGACUCCAGCAUUUCAGACGAAGAAUGGAUGUGUCUUCCUUCCGCCCUGCCCCUCUGCUGCUGCAGGCCCACCACCCGUCAUCCAGCCUCCUGCUGCGCAUCCAGACCGACGACACCCACGCCGUCUGCCCAAUGUCGUGCAAAUUCGGCGCCCCGGAGCAAUCGUGGCGGGUCCUGCUGCAGUGCGCCAAAGCCCUCAACCUCUCGGUCGUGGGCGUGUGCUUUCACGUGGGAUCGGGCUGCAAGCAGAAGGGGGCCUUCUCGCGGGCGCUGCGCGAUGCGAGGCGGCUGUUCGAUUUGGGCGUGGGGGCGGGCUUCGACAUGCGGGUGCUCGACAUUGGCGGCGGGUUCCCGUGUGAGGUGGAGGAUGGCGGGGUGUGUGAGGGGGUGGUCACCUUCCCUGAGAUGGCGAGAGAGAUCACCGACACGCUUGACGAGCUGUUCGACAAAGAUGUAAGGACGGGGAGGAUCCACACACCGACGCACGUGUGGGGGGGGAAGGUAUGUGUGUCUCCAUACGUGUCCAUCAGGUGCAAGUGAUAGCCGAGCCAGGGCGGUACUUUGCCGGUGCCUGCCACACACUCGCCGUGCGGGUGUUUGCGAGGAGGGCGCCGACUGAGACCACCGCAGAUGAGGGGCGGUACCUCUACUACGUCAACGACGGCCUCUACGGCUCCUUCAACUGCCUCCUGUACGACCACGCAACCGUCACACCAGAGCUGCUCAGGUACAGCCAUGGGCACACACACACAGACGCGACAUGGAGCCAUCCAUCUGUGUGUGCGGAAUCUGUGUGUGUCAGGGAGCAUGAUGGGGGCCCCGUGUAUCGGUCCACCGUCUUCGGGCCGACGUGUGACGGCUUCGAUGUCAUUCUCAAAGACGUCAUGCUGCCCAUCAUCGAGGUGAGUGAGGCACAGGCAGACAGAGCGCCGGCGGAGAGCGGGAUGAGGUGCUUUGGAUGUUUUGUGUGAGUGCAGAUGGACGAGUGGCUGGUGUUCCGCAACAUGGGUGCCUACACGACGGCGGCGUGCUCCACAUUCAACGGAUUCAGCAAACCCAAACCGUUCUACUGCAGAGUGGCGCGAGAGUGAUUUCGGGGUGCAUGUCUGUCUUGCGUGUAUGUGUCUUGCGUGUGUGUAUGUGUGCGUGCGUGUGUGAUUGUACCUGUGCUCAUGACCAUGACCAUGGCAUAUGCCCUGCCACUGAGUGGGGGCCCACAUUUUCCU